CAUGUUUAGUGUGUGUGUGUACUGGUUUGAGUGGCUUGUCGGAGUUAGAUUAGUGUGAAUCUGCAGCCAUUAAUUUUGCAAGCUGAUCAUCUGAACUUUUUCUGUCUCUUACUUUUUUAUGGGUUGAAUUUAUAUUUGCUACACGAUUUUUUCUUUUGGGAGGAGGAGGGAGUUGUUAUAAUCUUUCUUCGUGCUUGUUAUCUCUGUCCCUGGACUGCUUUUAUUCGUGAGCUAUCACUGAUCUUCCCAAAGUUGCCCAGCUUAUGGAUUCUCGUUAAUUUUGGCUCACGGGUUAUCAAAAAGUAAAGGUAUGGCCUGGAUGCGGAAUAUGUACAAGAAAUUCGAAGCUAUGUGUUUGGAGUUGGAUGAUAUUCUGGAGCAGGAAGGGUUGAAAUAUGCCGACCACUUGCAGACAGUAGGUGCCAAUGUCAAGCAAUUUUGCUCAGAUAUUGUGCGAGAUGUGCAGCCUCAGCCGUCUGAGGAUACUGUGGAUGGCGUAGCUAGCGUCUCUUGUCUAGUGAAAAACACCGAGUCAGAUAAAAUGUCAAAGGAAGGCAUUGUCCAAAACCAUUUUGAUAUGGAACCUUGCAACGUGAGUCGUUUGCUCUACUCAUGUUCUGUUGAACCUAUCAAGCCCACAAAGAAUGAUCUGUCUUUGGAGGAAAUGGUUGUUGCUGAGAUAUAUGAAAAAUCAGUGUCAAGUCUUAAGGAAAAUCGUUCCGAGGAGAAGCAAGUUCAGCUUGAGACAUUGGAUACCCCAGAAGAGAAAGAUCUAAGCAUUUCAGUAUUAUCCUCAACAUCUUAUGAUCUACUCGAAAGUAACUCUUUAACAGAGGUAAUUCCAAUAGAUGGGCUAUCUUCAAAAUCUGUUAAUUUGGUUGACUCGUAUGAAAGCAAGGUUCCAGAGUUGGGAUUUACUUCUAGGGAGGCCUCAGCUGAAUCAAUCAGACAGAUAGACAACUCCACUGAAGAUGCUACCAAUCCGGGAUCAUCUUCUUCAGUGAAACUUGAUGGGAGUUGCUUUGUUACAGAUUGCAAUGAGCUUUCUUCUGUUUCAUAUGAAGCAGGACAACUAGGGUCUUCCAAGGAAACCUUGGAUAAUGUUUCUUUCAAAAGAAGGGAGGCAGCGAGUCAGGCUUUCAAUCAGGGACCAGCUUUUGAUCCAAACCCCAGUCAACAGAAAGAAAGUUUUGCAUCAACUGUUAUUACCAGACCAGAUCACGAUCCCUGCGAUUCCGACUGGGUGAUUGUCUAGAUAAAUUAAUUAGAACAUGAUUAAUUCGGCGAUUCAAGUGAUUUUGUUGCCUCAUUCAUGCAAAUAAAGGAUGUAAACUCGUUUCAGAUGCUUUGAAUUAAUGCGGCUAGUACAUCCCUGAUGAUUUUAUAGA